AUAUAUAUGGAUAUAGAGUUAAAUCACAGAUAAAAUAUAGAAUAGACUUAAUACUUGAUAGAAAUUUGUAUUUUAUUUUUUGAUCGUGCAAGAAAUUAUGUGUUUGGCAUUUUCUUCUUUUAGGACAUUAUUUUCUCAAAACAAUAUAGCUUGAUAUAUAAUAUGUGAAUAUUUUGAUUCGAUGACGACAAUGAUUUUUUAAACAACUGAAAGCUUGGGUCGGCAAUAAAGAAAGAAAGAAAUUUUAAAGCUUUCCAAUAAAAAAUGAUUUUAGUGUCGGUAAUAGUAUACAACAUGUUUCAGUCAUUUUUUGAAGAAAUGGCGCUAUAAGUUAAAUGCUAAAUAAGUGUAUUAUAAUAUAAACAAAAAGAUAGGUUAUGGUUAUUAUAACAUUGAUAACGUCAAUAUUUUUAGAAUAGUAUUCAUAUAAAUUUUAAUCGUUGAAGAUAUCGUAUUCAAAGUUUAUUUUUAUAUAUAAUGAAGUAUUCAAGAGAAUUUAUUUUUUUGUCAAUUCAUAUUCUUGCAGUCAUUUUAGUUACUAAUUGUGAAGAUGAAAAUUAUUUUGAAAACAUAGAGAAUACAGAAGAAUUAGUAGAUCCACAUUCAUUUUUCUAUAAUAAACAAAGUAAAACAAUGAUUAAAGACAUAAAAGUGGACAUGAUAAAAGUUAUGCAAAACAAUAAUGAAGAUCAAAAUAAUUUAAAAUCUAAACAAGCAAAUAAUUAUAGCAGUCAUGAAGCUAUUUUUUAUAAGCGUCUAAUUAAUUUAUUACUAUCAAAUAUCCAUAUACAGAAUGAAGAUGAAGUAUCAAUAACAGGAAUAUUAGAAAUUGAAAUAUCUCAUUCUCAAAUGGAAAUACUCAAAAAUUUUCAAAUUCAUAAAACAUCUUUAAAAGAAAUUGAUGAUAUUUUCAGUAAUAUAAUAAGAAAACCUCAAUAUAAUUAUAUAUCUGGAGUUAUGAAUAUAUUAGAUAUAUUGCAUAGAGGUUUUCGUACAAUGCUUCAAACGAUACAAGAGCAUCAAGAUGGAGCUAUAAUUAUAUUUACAAUGUUAAUAGUUUGUUCAACAUUUCGAAUGAUAACAUGGGGACGAAGAUUUCCUAUUUUCAGUAUUAUACAAGUUAUAUUUAUAUUGAGUUUUUUUAUGACAUGGUGGCAACUUAUAAAAGAGGCUGAAGUUAAAUCUAUUGCAGCACAAAUGAAAUUUUCACAGAUACCAAUAUCAUGUCAACCAGAUAAAAUGAAUAUGUGGAAUAAAUUUGUUUCAUUAUUUUAUGACGAUUGUGAGAAAUAUUAUGAAACAAUAAUGACUAAUCCAAAAUUAAAAAUUACACCUGCAUUUGCAUUAUCUCAUUUUAUUACUACUGUUAUUCUCCAUCCAAUUACUCAUAUAGGAUCUAUCAUAUCAGUUUUUAUAGAUAAUGCUACAGAAAAUCUAUCAUGGACAUAUGGAUGGAUUAUAAAAUGUAUACUUUUCUUAUGUAUAGGUUUUGUUAUAAUAACAAUACCAUUUUAUCUGUCUGGUGCAUCCUUUAAUUUAGGGUUUGGAUUAUUAAAACUUGGAAUUGGCCAUGAGAAAAAGAAAGAAAAAGGUAAUUCAUUACAAAGUAUAGAAAACCGAGAACCUGUACAAAUAAUUCUUAAGGUAACUCAUGGUACCGACGUAAAUCAAAUAACAAACAUUCCAAUGAUCACGCAAUCGAACGCCCUAGAAACUUUAAAAAAAAAAGAAGUAAUUGCGACGAAUAAUGAUCAGGAAGAUUACGAUGAUUUAUGUUGCGGUGAUGCAAUAACUAACAAUAAAUUAUUUAAAAAUGAUGAUAAAGAAUCUGAUAAAUAUGAGAGCUUGGAUGCAAUACCAAUAGAAAGAAACGAUGGAAGCGGAGAUCGUUGAUGUACAUUUAUGUACAUUUUAUAUUAUUUUGCUUUUUAUUAUGUACAUAAGCUAUUAAUUUACACUACAUUUAAUGUUAACAUAUUAAAUAUGAUUUGCAUAUUCAAUAUUCAAAAAAUUAAUUUUAAUUAGUCUAAUAAUUAUAUUUAUAUGUGUAACUUAUUGAAGCAAUCUUCAUGAUGUUGUUUUAAUAUUGUUUACAACACAUAUAUUUUAUUUAUAAUUGAACUGUGAUUGUAUAAUAUAUAAUGUAAUGAUAUUUGCAGUAAUUUGUAACAGUAUUAAUAAUAUAUUUGAAAUGCUUAAAUUUUAA